UGUGAGGAAGCAUGGCGGCGCCCUGGAGGAUGUACAGGAGCAGGAGCGGAGCGGUGAGCGGCCUCGUCCGCGCCGUGUGGGCAGCCAGGACAGGAGCUGCCGCGGAGGAGGGUCUUUAUGAGGCGGAGGUGCUGGUUCCGUUCAGGCGUGUACAUAAUGCUGUCAGGCCAAACUCUUUUACAAGAUACAGAAACAGGUUUCUCUACCCAACGCCUAGAAUAUGCUGCUGUAGGAUACACAGUGACGCAAAGAUAAAAGAUCCCUUUUCACUCGCGCAAAAGGAUUUGAAAAAUAUAUAUGAAGAUAUUAAAAAGCUCCUGGUGUCCAAAGCGGAGCUGAAAGCCCUGUGUGAUUAUUACUUCGACGGGAAGGGGAAGGCGUUCCGGCCGAUGAUCGUGGUGCUGAUGGCCAGAGCCUGCAACAUUCACAGCAAUAGACAGGGUGACCUCCUCCCAGCUCAGCGGUCCAUAGCCAUGAUCUCAGAGAUGAUCCACACUGCCAGCUUGGUGCAUGACGACGUUAUUGAUGGUGCAGAUACGAGACGAGGAAAAACCACUAUCAAUGAAGUGUGGGGGGAGAGGAAAGCUAUCCUGGCUGGAGAUUUCAUUCUCUCUGCAGCGUCUAUGGCCCUGGCGCGCAUCGGGAACAACACAGUGGUGUCUGUGCUUUCCCAAGUCAUAGAGGACCUUGUGCGAGGUGAGUUCAUGCAGCUGGGAUCCAAAGAGAACGAGAACGAGCGAUUCAAACACUACCUCGAGAAAACCUUCAAGAAGACGGCGAGCCUGAUAGCGAACAGCUGUAAAGCAGUUUCGAUUCUGGUAAACUCGGAUCCUGAGGUGCACGAGAUCGCGUAUCAGUACGGACGAAACGUGGGCAUCGCCUUUCAGCUGGUGGACGAUGUGCUGGACUUCACCUCAUGUGCUAACCACCUGGGGAAGCCCUCAGCUGCAGAUCUAAAGCUAGGCUUAGCCACCGGACCCGUUCUGUUUGCCUGCCAACAGUUUCCUGAAUUGCAUGCAAUGAUAAUGAGACGUUUCGGUUCUGAUGGAGACGUUGAUCGGGCAUGGCGAUACGUCCUGCAGAGUGAUGGUGUGGAGCAGACUAACUACCUCGCACAGCGCUACUGCCAAGAGGCCAUCCGUCAGAUCAGCCGACUGCAGCCGUCUGCGGAGCGGGACGCGCUUAUCCGGUUAACGGAGUUAGUCCUGUCCCGGGACAAGUGAUCCCAGACUCUAGAGCACCAGCUCAGGCAGCUACUCCUCUGCAGGGCCCUGUACGAGGGGGAAACGGCGACGGGGAUUAAGGGAUGUCCCCGUUACCGGCCCACUCUACUGUACACACCACUUACAGCAGAGGUGUCGCACUCUGGUUCUCAAGUGCCACAGCACUACACAGAUCAGUCUGUUUCCCUCUGUAGCACAUUUGGGUUGACUCAUCAUUGGAGUUACAUCAGGAGUGUUAAAGGAAAAUGUAAUUUUACAUUUUUCUCCUUUACCCCAGAAAUAGGUAAUUAGACAAGACAUUUUUGGUGUUUGAGGUUUGAGUAACCAAUUGCCAACAUGAAAACUGCAUACCUAAAUAAUCACAGACCUGUUUCGAACCUUGUCAAGUUGUUAAGUAAGCACAAGUUGACUGAAGUUUAGGGCACCACAUGACUACUGUCAUCUAUAAAGAGGGGUGUGGCUAAAAACUGUGGUGGCCACUAUUAAGGGCUAAACAAUUUGGGAAAAAUAUCUAAUUGUGAUAUUUCAGACCUCUGUUAUUAAUUCAAAUCGCAGUUAUUCUCAGUAACUUAAGAUUCAGGCUUGUUGUUUUGGCCAAGAAGAGCACAUCCACUUUUUCUGGCUUCACGUUAAACCACUGAAUGUAUUGUGCCAAAUGGCCUAGUUAGUUGUGGUUGUGUUGUCAUGUACGUGGGUGUUUAGUUGCUUCUGAUUGGUUCAGCUCACUUACAAAUAGUUCACAAGCUUCAAAAAUCCCACCGAAAAAUUCUCACAUAAAAUUUGUUGGCUAUAAUUAAAAUUCCAGCUCUUUACAAUUAAGAUUUCAGUAUCAGAGUGAGUCAACUUUGAGCCCUAGCUGCCAAUAGGGGUGCCUCAU